CGCCGGUCACGUGUCCUGAGGCGGCGGUAGCCGCCGCUAGGAACCUUUGUGCGCGGCCCAAUUGUGUGGGUGCAUAGUUCCGGGGGGUGGGGGUCCGGAGAGACGCAAAGGUGAUGUUGAUGGUGGGUGUCAGAUAAGUUGUAGUCGAGUUUGGAACCAGAGCCUGAAAGGAACAAGCGUUAGGAGGUAAGCAAGGACGAGACCUGGGGCAAGCUGGGCAGGAUUGAUCUUGUGCAGAGUGGGCUUGCAGCAAUGUGCCGUUCCCACCUUUGUGUCUAUCAUCAUUGCUCAUGCUGAAAGUUAAAGGUUGGUUGAACUCACUCCCAUCAUGGCCACUUCAUCAGAAGAGGUUCUGCUGAUUGUGAAAAAAGUACGGCACAAAAAACAGGAUGGGGCCCUGUACUUGAUGGCAGAGCGAGUGGCCUGGACACCAGAAGGGAAGGAUCGGUUUGUCAUUAGUCACAUGUAUGCAGACAUCCGCUGUCAGAAGAUCAGCCCUGAAGGCAAAGCUAAAGUGCAGCUUCAGUUAAUCUUGCAUACGGGUGACACUACAAUCUUCCAUUUCACCAACGAGAACAUCGCUAAUGCUCCAGCCAAAGACCGCGAUGCUGCUAAAGACUUGCUCCAACAGUUGCUGCCUAAGUUCAAGAAAAAAGCAAACAAGGAACUAGAGGAAAAAAACAGAAUGCUGCAGGAAGACCCAGUUCUCUUCCAACUCUAUAAAGAUUUGGUUGUGAGCCAGGUAAUCAGUGCUGAGGAAUUCUGGGCCAAUCGUCUGACUGGGAAUUCCAUGGAUAACUCUGUUUCCAACAACAAGCAAGAUAUUGGAAUUUCUGCUGCAUUCCUGGCGGAUAUCCGACCUCAGACUGAUGGAUGCAAUGGCCUCCGGUAUAAUCUGACCUCUGAUAUCAUCGAGUCAAUAUUUAGGACAUAUCCUGCAGUGAAACAGAAAUAUGCAGAGAAUGUUCCUCACGAUAUGACAGAGAAGGAAUUCUGGACGCGCUUCUUUCAGUCUCACUACUUCCACCGGGACAGGAUCAACGCUGGCUCGAAGGAUCUCUUCUCUGAAUGUGCCAGGAUUGAUGAGAAAGGUUUGAAGACUCUGGUUAGUCAGGGAGUGAACAACCCUUUAGUGGACUUGACGUCGCUGGAGGACAAAUCACUGGGUGAGGGUUAUGGAUCAUCCUCAGCACAGUCGUCCUCCAAAUCUAAUAAGGAGAGCAGCAAUGCUGCUAUAAUCCGUCGCUUCAAUCAUCACAGUGCCAUGGUGCUAGCAGCUGUCCUCCGUAAACAGGAAAUGCACAAUGAUCAGAAUAGCGAGAACAGCAGCACUGAUGGUAAUUCACGAGAUUCUGAUUUUUUCCAGCCUCCAGUCAAAAAGGUGAAGUUACAGGAAGCCAUAGAAUAUGAAGACCUGGGAGAAAAGAACUCAAAGAAGACUGUAGCACUAAAUUUGAAGAAGGCUGACAGGUAUUUUCAUGGUCCAACACCUGUCCAGUCUCAGCACUAUGCAUCUAGCCAGGAUAUUAUUAACUCAGUCCACUGUAUACGGCAAGAAAUGGCUAACUAUAACCCCAGACUUACUCAGGUUCUGUCCAGCAGUGUGGCCAGCAGUGCCCUAACUGACCUCUCACCUGGUGGAGUACUCAUGCAGGGAGGAACAUCACAAGCUAUCAAUCAGAUGGUGCCAAGUGAUGUCCAGAUGGAACUCAAACACUUGCAUGUGGCUGUUGCAGAGUUACUGAGGCACUUCUGGUCCUGCUUUCCCAUCAAUACACCAUUCCUUGAGGAGAAGGUUGGGAAGAUGAUGAAUAACUUGGAAAGAUUUCAGAUGACAAAGCUAAGGCCGUUCCGGGAGAAACUGCAGAAGCUGUACAUAAGUACAAACACCAGAUUGGAUCCAGAGAGCAGAUGUCCUCUUCACAAGGAUUUUAAUGUAAUUUUGCAGCACUCUAGUACUUUCAUGGUCACCACUCUAAAGACGUACAGUUCACUGGUCAUUUAGAAGAUAUGUUGCAGGUAGCCUUCAAUAAGUUCCAUACCUGGCAGUCAAAGCGAAUGCUGAAGAAGACGUGAUGCUGAUUGUAACAAGAUGUUUGAGAGCAAGAGCUAUUGUUACCUGCAAAGUCCUGGCAGAACUUUACUCCUGUUGACUAAACUGCCGUGCUGGACAGGGAGCGGGGAGCCCUACAACAUUGUAGAGACUCGAUGUAAUUUACAGAGCUGCACACCGGGAGAAAGAUAUGCAAUAAGGUGGACCACUCAGGGUGACUCUCACCAACCGACCAAAACCGGAGGGAGCUACAGGACAAAUUCGGGUGUAAGACUGCUGGGGAAGGCAGUGCUGCUUCUGUGCACAAAUAUUCUGUAAAACAAUAACUGAGUAUAUUUAGAAAUGGUCUUUCUAGCCUAAACAUUUUUUCAUUUUUGUGUAAAGUUUUAAACAAGAAUGGCACAAUGUAAAUGUGCAACCUUUUUCAGAAGUGUAGCCCUCUGUUUUUGGAUCCUGUUUGUAACUAGGGAAUGGAAGAUGUGGAUAUUUUAAACAAAUAAUAAAUGUGAAAUUAAAUUGGG